UUUCCGAUUGGUUACAACUUCUUCGACGUCUCUGUGAUUUUUAGGGUUCUAACCACGUAAUCCAGAUAUUAGGCAAACAUGGCGGAACCUGUAAUGGAGAAGAAUAAAUCAUCAUCCUUAGACUGCUCACUUCUCGAUUGUGUUUCGAAGUUGCAGCUGUCUCCGUCUCCCUCAGCGGAAUCGUUGCAACCUUCAACGGAAGAGAAGGCAAUGACCAUGCCACAGUGGUCUCUUCUCCCUGGAGAGUUACUGCAACUUAUCUUGACGUAUCUUGAGAACUGUUUUGAAGUUGUUCAUGUUCGCUCUGUUUGUAGCUCGUGGCGAUCCACAGUUCCGUUUCCUUCUUCCCUGUUACGUCCAAGUUACUCUCUUCCCAAUUUUGCUGAUUUCCCUUACCAAAGCAGAGACUUGUGCAUUCUUGAGAAGAUCCCUUUGUUUCUCUUUAGAGUCCGAGAUAUUGAUGCUGCGUCGCGUUGUGAGUAUUUUCAUGGAGAUAUAGGUAGGGAUGAGUCAGAGAAUCAUAUGGAGGUUUCGUCUCCCCUUCAAUGUUCAGUGAAAGUGAAGAUUCGAGGAUCUAAGCGAACUUCGAUGAAUAUGCUUGACUGCCAGGUCCUUCCUCUCGGACAUCAGUACAGAAUGAUUGGUUGGGAUCCUGAAGCAUGGACAUCGGCUUACAGAGGCGUGGCUUUUCUUCCGUUAAACAAAGAAGGAGAGUUUGUUGUGCUCCUUAACUAUACUAAAGUUUUGUUGGUGUUGAGAAGUGCUGAAAUGAAGUGGAUACGGCUUAAGAAAUUCUCGUAUGGUUCAUGUUGGGAUUUGUUCACUUUUAGAGGUAGAUUUUAUGCAGUCUUUCUUAAUGGGGAAAUUUUCGUUAUUGAUCCUUAUUCGCUUGAAGUGACUCCCCUAAUGCCCUCUCAGCCUCCGAACACAUGUAAUUAUCUAGUUCCAUCGGGCGAUGAUGAGCUUUUCCUGGUUGAGAAAACCAUACCAAGAAAUGGUGAAUCAAAUUUUUUUUGGUUACUAUGUAGAGUGAGGAAGCUAGAUGAGGAGGCUGGAGAAUGGGUUGUGGUCAGUGAUUUGGGAGACCGUGUAUUGUUUAUUGGAGAGCUGGGGAAUUUCUCUUGCUCAGCUAAGGAGCUUCCUGGUGGAUGUGGUGUGAGUGGGAACUCAAUUGUUUUCACCAAUGGGCCAGUAAAUGUAACUUACGCCUACAAAUAUGGAGUACAGACAGAAAACGCAGGGAAUAACCCAAGUUUAUGGAGAUUAUCUAGAGAGAAUCGCGUGAUGAUUCUCAACAGAUCUCCUCCAGUGGUGGCUCUCCAGGUUGAGCGCUAAGCUGUUGAGCCUGUAACAUCUAAAAUUUGGAUAACUGAGACACUAUUUUUGGGCAGAGAUUACUAUCUUUGCAAGUCCAAGUCUAGAACACUCUGGAAAAACCACAUUCGUGUGUAUGGUAUUGGUUACCUCAUUAGUUCCCCAAGCCAUGUCUGGCUGUGUUCUUGAUAUCAAACAAUAAGAUAUCUGUUUCCGUCUCAAACUGGAACUCUAAAUACUCUCUGCAGCAGAUGCGCGACAGUGUUUUGUUCAAGCCACUUGAUGGCUACAAGAUCAAAAGGUUGUACUUGCAGAAUGUUAUGAUAUGAUCAAACCACAAACCAUGCAUGCAUAAAACCUCUUCUCAGUUUGGGGUAAUGUUGUGUGUUUACUGCUCUCUUUCCUCCAUGAAAUUGUGUUCACUGAGGCUAAGAGAUUUAGGGAUUUUGAGUAUGGCAAAUCAACAUAUCUUCAGGCCUCUUCUCAGAGAGACAUAGACAGAUAAAGAUGAAGGGAAAAGCAGAGACAAAGAGAAAGAGUACUGAACACAAUUUCGUGGAGGAAAGAGAAGCUUAUCAAGAAACAAAGAUUUAGCAGUCUUUUAUUGUCUAUCUGAUUUGGGAAGCAGACAGAAGCUCUGUUCUUAAGUUCUGCCCCAAAGAGGAUGUUAGAGAUCAAAUGAAACUGUUUUUUCAUAAGAGCACUCGAGUUUUGAAACCGGAGAGACAUUUAUUUGUAAACAAUGUUAGUUUAACAUAAUUAUAUGAAAUUUACCUUUGCUCUUA